UGCUAAUAAAAAAUUAAUUUUAUACCUAUUUUUCCUUAUGACUUUGUUCUAUAAAGUGACAAUGAAACUUGUCAGGUUGCUUAUCUUAUUUAUACUUGAAGCAGAAGUUGUGAAGGAAACGCUGUAGUGAACAUCCUGUGUAGUAUUAGACCACAGUCAUUUGUUACUCAGACGCUCAGAGAGCAUGACUUACGUUCACACAUCAAGACUAUAUUUUGGGUUUUUGUUCUUAAUUCUGUCCUUUCAACGAUGCUGCUCAGCAGUUGAUCUGAGUGUACAGUGUAAGAUCAUCAACCUUGAGUAUGUGGAGUGCUUCUGGCACCCAAACACAUCAACAAUGAACUACACCUUCAGCAGUGCAUUUAACCAGAAUUUUUCACAAGACUGUCCAGAAUACAUAAUGGAGCACAAUUACACUGUAGGCUGCAGAAUUCCUCUCAAAGACCCUGGUCACAAGUUUAGAAAAUUUUAUACAAAUGUAUCCACUGACGGAAAUCACACUAUUUCAAAAACCUUUGAAUCCCUCCAGAGAAAAGUGCAGCUAAACGCACCCUAUAACCUCUCAGUGAUGUGGAAUGAGCAGGACAGCACACUUUUACUGCAGUGGAACAGUAGUUCCCCCACCACAAAAAAAUGUGUCAUCUAUAUGGUGCGCAACCAGAAAGACACAAGCCAGUCCUCAAACGUGACAGGUACGUCAUACAGUCUGUCUCAGGUCUCACAGAACAAGCCCUAUGUUUUCCAAGUGCGGAGCACUGUUGCUGACACCUGUGGUGAUUCAGAUCUCUGGAGUGACUGGAGUGAUCCGGUGGAGUGGGGCAGUACCGGGAAUAUCAGCAGACAAGGCUGGUGGACGUGGUUGUAUAGUAUUGUGUCAGUCCUUCUGCUGUUUCUGCUGGGUUUCUUAUUGUGUUAUUGUGAGAGGAAAAGGAUCAUCUUUCUUCCGGUCGUGCCUGACCCUAGCAAAAACCUACAAGAUUUGUUUCAUAAACAUGAUGGAAAUGUUGAGAGCUGGGUUCACAUCUCCAGAGAACUGAAGGAAGCUUUUCAGCAUGACUACACAGAGCCAUCCUGUGACGUGUGUGAGCUUACACCCUCUUGUGACGCCGGUCCUGCUUCUCAAACUGACAACUGUGAUGAACCAAGCACUGAAAAAGAGCAUGCAGAUGAACCAAGCACUGAAAAAGAGCAUGCAGAUGAACCAAGCACUGAAGGAGAGCGUGCAGAUGAGCCAAGCACUGAAAAAGAGCAUGCAGAUGAGCCAAGCACUGAAGGAGAGCGUGCAGAUGAACCAAGCACUGAAGGAGAGCGUGCAGAUGAGCCAAGCACUGAAGGAGGGCGUGCAGAUGAACCAAGCACUGAAGGAGAGCGUGCAGAUGAACCAAGCACUGAAGGAGAGCGUGCAGAUGAACCAAGCACUGAAGGAGAGCGUGCAGAUAAACCAAGCACUGGAGGAGAGCGUGCAGAUGAACCAAGCACUGAAAAAGAGCAUGCAGAUGAACCAAGCACUGAAAAAGAGCAUGCAGAUGAACCAAGCACUGAAGGAGAGCGUGCAGAUAAACCAAGCACUGGAGGAGAGCGUGCAGAUGAACCAAGCACUGGAGAAGAGCGUGCAGAUAAACCAAGCACUGGAGAAGAGCCUGCAGAUAAACCAAGCACUGGAGAAGAGUGUGCAGAUGAACCAAGCACUGGAGAAGAGCCUGCAGGACAGCAGAGCUCAUAAGCCAAAGUUGCACUAACCAUUCACCUGCACUGUCAGCUCAUUCUUACUGAACAUUUUGAUGUUUCCUUUUGCACAUUUAUUUUACCUCAUUCAUUUCUUAUUGUAAGCAGAGUUUAUGUAUUUGUAGUAAAUGUAAUUGUUGACAUUUCUCAACCAAUAUUACAGUGUACCCAAAAGUUUAGGGUUGUUAUGUUGAC